GUCAAUUGUUUGGAUUAAAAAUCAAAAAAUCCCUGUGAAGCUGCGGGUCUAACAAUAAUGAUUAGCCUCAUUUCUAAGGCUCAGUACCUUUCAUUCUCAAAUGUAAUAUUCCUACUCCCUACUCUUUCUCUUCAAACAUUCAUACCAUCACAUACUAACCAAAAACCCUAAAAUACUGUCACACUAUCCCCUCCUUAAUUUAAUGAGUAUGUGCUUGUGUGCGUGUGUAUACGAUUCAAAAUGACGAGCAAUCAAGAAAUAUUACUAGUCUCACGCUUACAUCGAACUAGACACGAUGAUUAUGAUUUAUCUUCUGAGGAAGAAUUUAAAGAUGAAGAGGAAUAUGAAGAUACAGACAUCGAGGAAAACUUUAUUCACAAACAAGGUAACAAAUCAAGUUCAACUUGUUGGGAAAUUGUUUAUAAUUUAUGUGGUGGAAAAGGUAAAAGACGAGGAAAAGAAAAUGGAAUAUUGUUUGCCCUUGGGGAUGGUACGUCCCUAGGGGCAGCAUGGAUACAAGAGUGGAAUAGAAUAUUCCUUCUUGUAUGUGUAACGGGUCUUUUUGUGGACCCGUUGUUUUUCUAUGCCCUUUCAAUCAGUGAGGCAUAUAUAUGUCUUUUUGUUGAUGGGUGGUUCGCGAUCAUGGUCACCGCGCUCCGGUGCAUGACCGACGUGUUGCACGUAUGGAAUAUGUGGCUGCAGUUCAAGGUGGCUAAAAAUCCGGCUAGUGGAGGAAGAUUGGGUGAUAAGAAUGAUACUAAAACGGGUCGUUUUGGAUUCUUUAAGGCUAGAGAUAGUUUCUUCUUUGAUCUCUUAGUGAUCCUCCCUUUGCCCCAGAUAGUAUUAUGGGUGGUAAUACCAAUAUUGCUGAAAAGAGGAUCAACAGAUGCAGUAACGACAGUGUUCUUAAUAAUGUUUCUGUUUCAAUACCUUCCAAAGCUAUACCAUUCAGUAUGCCUCCUACGUCGUAUGCAGAAGUUCUCUGGCUAUGUUUUUGGUACUGUUUGGUGGGGUUUUGCUCUGAAUAUGAUUGUCUAUUUUGUCGCUUCUCACGCAGCAGGAGCAUGCUGGUACUUGCUAGGGAUUGAGAGGGUAACCAAGUGCUUAAAAGAACAAUGCAAUGUUAUGCAUGGAUGCAGCUCAAGAUUAUUAGCCUCACAAGAACCAAUCUAUUAUGGUGGUAAAACUUUCAUAAAAGAUCAUGAUCGUCUUAUGUGGGCAUCAAAUCGAGCAGCAAGACAUAAUUGCUUGGACAGUUACAAUAACUAUGAAUAUGGAGCUUAUAAAUGGGUCAUUUAUCUUGUUAGUAACAACAAUCGUUUCGAAAAGAUACUCAUGCCUAUUUUUUGGGGACUUAUGACUCUCAGUACAUUUGGGAACUUAGAAAGCACAGCUGAAUGGGUGGAAUCUCUGUUUGUCAUCAUUGUUCUAACAUCUGGCCUGCUUCUAGUCACCAUGUUGAUUGGUAAUAUUAAGGUGUUUCUACAUGCAACAACAUCAAAGAAGCAAGCAAUGCAACUAAGAAUGAGAAAUAUAGAAUGGUGGAUGAAAAAGAGAAAAUUGCCGAUAAAGUUGAAGCAAAGAGUACGAAAUUAUGAAUGGCAGCGUUGGGCUGCAAUGCGAGGUGUCGAUGAAUGUGAGAUGAUCCGAAAUCUUCCUGAAGGUCUUAGAAGGGACAUCAAGUACCAUCUUUGCCUUGAUUUAGUUAAACAGGUGCCCUUGUUUCAACAUAUGGACGAGCUUGUUUUAGAAAACAUAUGUGACCGUGUAAAGUCCCUCGUAUUCACUAAGGGAGAAACGAUAACAAAAGAAGGAGACCCAGUUCAAAGAAUGCUAUUUAUAGUAAGAGGACAUCUUCAAAGCAGUCAAUUUCUUAGAGAUGGAGUAAAAAGCUGUUGCAUGUUAGGCCCAGGAAACUUCAGUGGUGAUGAAUUAUUAUCAUGGUGUUUAAGAAGACCAUUUAUUGAAAGAUUACCACCUUCAUCAUCCACAUUAAUAACCCUUGAAACAACCGAAGCAUUUGGGUUAGAAGCUGAAGAUGUUAAGUACGUGACCCAACAUUUUCGGUACACUUUUGUCAAUGAAAAGGUUAAGAGAAGCGCCAGAUAUUAUUCCCCUGGUUGGCGGACUUGGGCUGCCGUAGCUAUUCAAUUAGCUUGGCGUCGAUAUAAACACCGAUUAACGCUUACUUCGCUCUCGUUUAUUAGGCCAAGGAGACCGUUGUCGAGAAGCUCUUCCCUUGGGGAGGAUAGAUUGAGGCUUUACACUGCACUUUUGACGUCUCCUAAGCCAAAUCAAGAUGAUUUUGAGUUCUAAGGAUGCAAAUCACAAUAAAAAUGUUGCAUAAAUAAUGGAAUAAGUUGCAAAUUACGCUUUAAAAUUUAAGAUUUUUACGAAUUACACCUUUAAUGUUUAUUUUUUUUUGCUAUUCACAGCCACCAAAGUAUUAAAAUCUACUGCAUUCAAGCCAAAUCAUUCAAUUCUGAUCACCAAAAUGGUCGGAAUUAUGUGCUUUGGCCUGAACGCUGUAGAAUUUGAUACUUUAGUGUCUUUAAUUUACAAAAAAAUAAACAUUAAAACUGUAAUUCGCAAAAGUCGUAACUUUAAGGUUGUAAUUUACAAAUUAUUCUAAAGAAUAUGAACAUAUGUUGUAUAUCAAUUUGAUGAAGAUUUUUGUGGUUGAUAUGAUGUAAAUAAUGUUAUUUCAUGUUAUUAAUUCUAAGGAUGAUGAAUAAAA